AGGAAAAAGAAAUCUCGCUGCGCUAGAUUCAUCCUCUACUCUAUUACCCCGUCACAGCAGACGGAGUAUUUUAGGCUUGAAGCUGCAGUUUAUGAUCUCGAAGUUGGCAGUAAUAGAAUCAGCGCACACUAUGCAGCCGCUUCAAGCCACGCAUCUCUUCACAUUUGGGCUCCCUGCGUCGCCCAUUUCUCUCUCUUUGGAAGGUUUGGUCCUUCAAUACCUUAAACAAGCUUCUCAGAGUGUCCAGCGAGUUGAGGAAGUGUCUCCCUUAUCGUCUGGGCCAACAUGCUCGUCCUCGCCUGACGAUGCCACCGCCUUGCUAACGGAGAUGGGCGACUAUUUGACCCGGACUGCCAUGAUAUGGGCCUAUCUUAUUGAAAACCUUAUCAAAGGGCCUCAUAUUGAUCAUGUUACUCUGCAAAUCCUCGAGAAUUCUCGAGCCAAGACAAAUGUUGCGGAUCUUACCGAGGCCACUUCGCUGGACAUCACUCUCGGCCGCCUUCGUAAGAUGCGUGACAUGGCAGCGCAACACUCUCAGGAUAUUCAAACCAUAUGGAAGCUUGGAAGCCACCGGAAGGCUAGUCUAUCAUGUCUAGUUGACCCUCGGCCGUCUUCAUCGUUACACAGCGAAGACACAUCCGCAGCUGCAUCGGCAGCCUCUUCGGAGUCCAACUCAAUGCCAGAAGUGUUUAAUAAUACCUCACAUGCAGCCGAAUGUCAUAAGCAGAUUGCCGACGCGGUGGCUUUGCUGCAAGAUGGAGCAACAGUUGGAAGGCCAGCGCAUGCACCAUUACCCUCGUUGCCACUCUUACCACCGGCUCAAUCGCUCGAUUUGCCGCCAAUAUGGCCAACACAGUCAUCGGUAUCUACUUCACCUGUAGCAUCGCCGCCGCCGGCUCCGCAGCAGCAGCAGCAGGAACAAAAACGGCAACAGCAAGAGAAGCAGCAAAGACAGCAGCAGCAGAAGGAGCAGCAGCAGAAGGAGAAGCAAGCAUUACUAGCAGGAACAAGAAUAUUUCUAGCAAACGAAUUACCAGGCCAAGGAGCACAGGCAAGGGCGACGCUCAGAAAGCUGGUGCCCCUGAUGCCGGCACCGAGAAGGACAAUGUUAAAAAAAGCGAUGCCAAAAAAGACAGGCCCAAGGCCUGUGAGAAUAUUAACGCCAAUCGUGGCUCCAGCUCCUCCUCCACCACCGCCUCCACCACCACCAAUUCUUACUCCUCCUCCCCCUCCAUUUCGGCCACCUCCUCGCUCGGCGGAAGAAAUAGCAAUGGCCGCAUCGGCAUCAGCUGCGUUAGAAAACAUACUUGAGGAGGUUGAGGAAGAAGACUCGGAUGAGUAUUCUGACGACGGCCUGUUUGCAGGUAUCAACUUGAAGGCUUUGAAGCAGCGGGGUAAAGGAAAAUAUUAUUGUCCUAGAGGCCAUCGCUGCGACAAAGGUGGCGUUGAUAAGAGUGGAAACCUAAUACUUUUCGACCGUAACUCCUCUUUUGCGUAUGUAGAAACCUCUGUCUGCCAGCAUCGUGGCAAGCCUAACCGUCUAUCCCCUGUUGUCCUCCUCCAUCCCAAUCCCAAACCCUGGGAGAUGUGGAAAACAGAUGCAUUAGGACAGGUGUCUUAUGCACCAGCUAGCAUGUUUGCUAAUUUAUCAUGCAGGCAACAUUGUAACAAACAUCGCAAGCCUUGGCGGUGCGAUGUACCUGGCUGCCCGAAUCCUCCCAAGAAGCGCCGAUUUGCGCGCCGUGACGGAUUGGAAAGGCACAAAGCUACAGUCAAGCAUUACUUUAUGGCUAUGAACGCAAACAAACCAUGAACUUACCCAAUACUCUCAUCUCCUCUAUAGGCCGAAAAGAGGGGCAAGAGAAGCUGGAUGCCAAAAAAAGAAAAGCGAGGGAAAUCAAAAUG